AUGGCCUCAAUGAAUCCGGAAUAUGAUUAUCUGUUUAAACUUCUAUUGAUUGGUGACUCAGGGGUUGGAAAGUCCUGUUUGUUGCUCAGAUUUGCCGAUGACACUUAUACUGAGUCGUACAUUUCAACCAUAGGAGUCGAUUUUAAAAUUCGUACCAUCGAUUUGGAUGGAAAAACGAUCAAGCUACAGAUUUGGGAUACUGCUGGACAGGAACGUUUUCGCACAAUUACAUCCAGUUAUUACAGGGGUGCUCAUGGUAUCAUCGUUGUAUAUGAUAUUACUGAUCAGGAAUCAUUCAAUAAUGUGAAGCAAUGGUUACAAGAGAUCGACCGAUAUGCAUGUGAAAAUGUCAAUAAAUUACUUGUCGGAAAUAAAUGUGAUUUAACAACAAGAAGGGCAGUUGAACAAAGCGCUGCUAAGGAAUAUGCCGAUCAGUUGGGGAUCCCAUUUUUGGAAACGUCUGCGAAAUCAUCGACUAAUGUGGAACAAGCAUUUCUUACGAUGGCAUCCGAAAUCAAAAAUCGAAUGGGUCCCGUUCAGCAAGUUGGUACAGGUCCAUCAGUACGUAUUGGUGGAUCUCAGCCAGUGAAUGAAAAAAAAAGUGGUGGCUGCUGCUAG